GGCUCGCCGUGUCUCCGGCACUCACAGAGAAAUGGCGGGCUCCGCGUCUUAUAAGAGUGAUCACGGCCCCUGCAGUAGAUUUGCCAUUCGAGCGUCAAUACCCUUUGUUUCCUUUCUCGAGACUCGUUUCUUUCUUCUUGAGCAUACGUCACAUCUAGACCUAGAGAGCUGCGUGAUACAUCGCGGAGUUUUGCGAUAAAUCAACCACUUGAUCAUCAUGAGUGCAAAGAUCGACACUAUCCUUGGGUCUCUGACUUUAGAGGAGAAGGUGUCACUGCUCGCUGGCAAAGACUUCUGGGAGACUGUGCCCAUUCCGGAUAAAGGCGUCCCUGCCAUCAAGACUAGUGAUGGACCCAAUGGCGCGCGAGGUGAAGUCUUUGCUGGAGGAACACGAGCAGCGUGUUUCCCAGCUGCAGUGUGUUCGGCAGCAUCGUGGAAUCCGGAGUUCGCCCACCGGAUAGGCAGUGCGUUGGCGGAGGAGACGCAAACGAAGAGUGCACGGGUCCUGCUCGCUCCCACCAUGUGUAACCAUAGACAUCCUCUCGGUGGUCGUAACUUCGAGAGCUUCUCGGAGGACCCCUACCUGACCGGCCACAUGGCUGCUAAUGUCGUCAGAGGCAUUCAAGAGAAGGGCGUUGCGGCUACGAUCAAGCACUUUGCAGCUAACGAGCAGGAGACCGAGCGUCUUUUUGUCGACGAAAUCGUCUCCGAACGCGCACUACGAGAGAUCUAUCUGAAGCCCUUCGAGAUCACAGUCAAGGAGGCUAAACCCUGGGCCGUAAUGACUGCCUACAACAAGGUCAAUGGGACUCACGCAGACUCCAACACAUUCCUCCUCAAGCAGGUGCUACGCGGCGAGUGGGGCUGGGAUGGCGUCGUCAUGAGUGACUGGGGAGGCACAAACUCUACUGCUGACUCACUGAACGCUGGGCUUGAUCUUGAGAUGCCUGGACCGACAAGAUGGCGGACAAAGGAGGCAGUUGUGAAGGCAGUCAAGGAUGGAGAGGUGUCGGAGCAAGUGAUCACCGAGCGCGCCAAGGCUGUUUUGAAGCUGAUUGAAAAGGUGGGAGGAUUCGAGAACCCUGAGAUACCUCCUGAGCAGUCGAUCGUGAACCCAGCCCACAGCAAGCUUAUUCGAGAUGUUGCCGGCCAGGGCAUUACGCUGCUCAAAAAUGACGGCGCAAUUCUUCCCUUGAAGAAAGAGAAGAUUAAGGGCAAGAAGGUCGGCCUCUUCGGAUUGGCCAGGGAGGCGCUCAUCCACGGCGGAGGCAGUGCCAGUCUCAACGCACACUACCGCAUCACACCCGAAGAGGGCUUGAAGACUGCCUACGGCGACGACGUGGAGUUCAAGUUCGCAAAAGGCGCUCAGACAUACCGCCUCCUGCCGCCUCUGUCGGAGCACUGCAAGGACGCCCAAGGUAACCACGGCUGGAGGAUGGAGCUAUUCAAGGAUGGCGACUCAAAGAAGCCCUGGAAGACUGUCGACGCCUUCAAGGAGUCUGCUUUCAGCCCGAUUUUGGACCAUGAGGCAGUUGGCAAGGAAGUCAGACUUACUACAACUUUCGUCCCAUCCGCGUCAGGCAAGCACUACCUUGGCUGCUCUGGCAUCGGUCCUACUACUGUCACCAUCGAUGACAAGGUAGUUUUCGAGCAAAAGGGUAAUUCUCCCGACCCGAUGGGCUUCUUGCUUGGCGGGAAUCCAGAAGAAGAGUUCACAGUCACUUUCAAGGAGGGUGAGGAGUACAAGAUCCAGAUACAUACCCUGCCACCGACUGGAGGGUCUGAAUGGGGCAUUCUCGCCGGCCUGCCCGGGUUCAGGAUGGGCUUCAUGCUUGAAGAGGAGCACAAUCGCGAUCUGCUCUCUCAGGCGAAAGACCUCGCGAAGGAAGUUGAUGUCGCUAUUGUAUUUACUGGCCAUACACCAGCCUGGGAGACCGAAGGACAGGACCAGCAGAGUUUCAACCUACCUCGCGAUGGAUCUCAAGACGCUCUCGUCGACGCAGUCGCAACUUUAAACCGCAACACCAUCGUGGUGAAUUCGACGGGUGUUGCAAUCGCCAUGCCUUGGCUGCACAAGAUCGCUGCUCUUGUUCAGGCAUGGUUUCCCGGCCAGGAAGCAGGCAACGCCAUCGCUGAUAUCAUUUCCGGCGCUGUAAACCCUUCCGGCAGACUGCCUGUCUCAUUUCCAAAGCGUCUCGAAGACGCACCUGCCUACGGAAAUUUCCCCGGCGAGAAGAACGGCGACCAGCUUACCGUCAAGUAUGAAGAAGGUGUUUUUGUUGGGUAUCGCCACUAUGACCGCGUCUCGAAGGACAAGGUCCAGUUUCCCUUCGGCUUCGGUUUGUCGUACACCACCUUCGCUCUUGACAACGGUCAGGUCGAGCAAACCUCCGCAGAUGCGUUCGAGGCUACGGUGUCGGUCAAGAAUACAGGCAGCAUUGCAGGCGCUGUGGUCGCUCAGCUAUACGUCGGCAGGAAGCAACAGUCUUCAGAGCAUCCGAUUAAGACACUGGCUGCGUUUAAGAAGGUGCAUCUGGAGACUGGUGAGGAAAAGAAGGUCGAAAUGUCGCUCACACUCAGAGACUUCGCCUACUUUGAUGAGGCAUCUAAGGGGUGGAAGGUGGACCGUGGUCAAUACGAGUUCUCGUUUGGUCAGUCAACAGCGCACAUUGAGAGUGUGGCUACUGUGAAUGUCGAGGGCAGUCGUGAGUUGAAGUUGUAGAUGUAACACUCCUGGAGAGGGGUUUCUUUUCAAAUUAUUUCAGCAUGAACCCAAAUACAGACACAAUUACUCGGUACGUGGAGAGAGUUCUGUACUGAGCAAGUCCUACGGAGGUUUCCCACGGCUGUAGUGAGGCCACAGCGUCAUCCCCAAUCAAACCUC